AUGAAAUAUUUGGAGAAUUCUGGUAUGGAAGCGCUUUCUUCAUCAAUAAGUAUUGGUGCAAUCGAUUGUAUAAUGGAUUUUAAGUGAGUUUGGUACAUUUUUCAAAAACACUUCAGUUUCUAAUUUUAGAGUAGAGACAUACUCUUGUAAAAUGAUAUCAAGCGACAAGAAACAAUGGAAAACUCAUGAUAAAAACGUUCCGUGGGGCGAAAGACAGCCUCUUUCACCGCCGGAUGACUUUGCCAGUUUGAGUGCUUCGCCAGUCGCCAAUACAAUUGGACACGCGGCACGUUUGAGACAUUUAUCAUCUUGCUCUGGCUCUGACAACGAUUUCGAAGAAAUCAAUUAUGUUGAUUCAGUUUCGAGAAAAACGUUGUACGAUUUAAUAAGAGUUCUCAAUUCUUCAUUCCCUGAUUACGAUUUCACUGAUGUCAAAAGCGAAUCAUUUUCUUUGGUGAACUUUGAUGUAAGUUAGAUAUUUGACAUUUUAAAGCUUAUGACAUUCAAACUCACACUAAUAAUCUUCAGGAUGUUAAUGAUUUCGUCGAUGCAAAAUUGUCAUCCUGCAUUCAUAAUUACAAAGUUCGCAGAGAAGAACUGUGGUCUGUUGUCGAAGAAGCGAUUGUGCCGGCUGAUUGCCGGAUAUACAGUUUCAAAUCUCAAUACAAUGAUGAUCCAUUCUCAGAAGAUGGUUGUAUGUGGAGUUUGGCAUUCAUUUUCUACAACAAAAAUCUGAAAAGAUUCAUGAUUUUAACGUGUCGUUGUCUUUCGAAACAAACCGAACUCGAUUCUUUUGAUCAUUUCAGCGACGAAGAAAACGAAGUCGAAAAUCAAUAA